AAGCGGGCAAGUUUCAUGUGAAUGCUGGAUGCAUGCGCCCACGUUUGAAGUGUUCAAAAUUCUAAGUCAAGGUCUUCGAUUGAGGCUUAACCAACCUAAUCUACAGCCAUAUAUGAUCAGUUUAUUUACACCACGAUGCACAAUCCAAUUGACCAAACCCACAACAUAGUCACAUAGCAGCUCCCAAAUUAACAAAGUAAAGAUGGCCAUUCAACCAAUGCAACCUCACUUUGUGUUGGUUCCACUAUUUGCUCAAGGCCACAUGAUCCCCAUGAUAGACAUGGCAAAGAUCUUGGCCGAGCAAGGAGUGGUCGUGACUUUGCUCAGCACCCCUCAAAACGCCUCAAGGUUUGAGCAAACAAUCUGCAGAGCAAUAUCACAAUCUGGCCUUCCAAUUCACCUCUUGCAAAUCCCAUUCCCAUGCCAACAAGUUGGUCUUCCAAUAGGGUGCGAGAAUCUUGACACUUUGCAAUCAAGAAACCUCCUCAGAAAGUUCUACAAUGCACUUGACAUGCUUCAAGAGCCCUUGGAAGAGUAUCUCAAAAGUCAUGCUACUCCUCCAAGUUGCAUUAUCUCAGACAAAUGCAUCUCUUGGACUUCAACAACAGCCACAAGGUUCAACAUUCCAAGGCUUGUUUUCCACGGCAUGUCAUGCUUCUCAUUGCUCAGCUCACACAACAUCAAACUCAGCAAUGCUCAUCUUUCUGUCAACUCUGAUUCACAGCCUUUUGUGAUUCCUGGAUUGCCACAAAGGGUAAUUGAGAUAACAAGAGCACAGCUUCCUGGUGCAUUUGUUGCUCUACCUGACUUGGAUGAUUUCAGGGAUAAAAUGGUUGAGGCUGAAAUGUCUGCUUAUGGGAUUGUGGUGAAUAGCUUCGAGGAAUUGGAACAAGGGUGCGCCGGCGAGUACGAAAAGGUUAUGAACAAGAGAGUUUGGUGCAUAGGUCCGGUGUCUUUGUGUAACAAGGAGAGUUUGGACAAGUUUGAGAGAGGGAACAAGCCUUCAAUUGAAGAGAAACAAUGCUUGGAAUGGCUCAACUUAAUGGAACAAAGGUCAGUUAUUUAUGUGUGUCUUGGUAGCUUGUGUAGGCUUGUUCCAUCACAACUAAUUGAACUUGGGUUGGCCUUGGAAGCAUCAAAUAGACCCUUUAUUUGGGUGGUAAAAACUAUAGGAGAGAAUUUUGAGGUGGAAAAGUGGUUGGAAGAUGAGAAUUUUGAGGAAAGGGUCAAGGGGAGAGGUCUUUUGAUUAAGGGAUGGGCCCCACAAAUUCUAAUACUCUCUCACCCUUCAAUUGGAGGGUUCUUGACUCAUUGUGGAUGGAAUUCAACUAUAGAAAGUGUUUGCUCUGGGGUGCCAAUGAUAACAUGGCCUUUGUUUGCUGAGCAAUUUUUGAAUGAAAAAUGCAUUGUUGAAGUUUUGAAGAUUGGAGUCAGGAUAGGGGUCGAGGUACCAGUAAGGUUUGGUGAUGAAAAGAAAGGUGGGGUUUUGGUGAAGAAAAUACAAAUCAUGGAAGCUAUAGAGAUGAUUAUGGAAGGAGGUGAAGAGGGAGACAAGAGGAGGAGUGGAGUAACAGAACUUGGAAACAUUGCUAGAAGGGCUCUAGAGGAGGAAGGUUCAUCUCGUUUCAACAUUUCAUGCUUGAUUCAAGAUGUAAUGAAACAUUAAUCGACUAAAGGUUAGAGUCAUGAAUACGAUUAGUUUUUUUCUUCUUUCUUUGUUACUUAUGGUGAGGUGAGUUAAGAUAUUGGUUGGUGAAGUAAAUAGAUUUUGUUGUAGCUAGUGAUUUACUUCAUGAAAUCUUUGUUUUUUCCUGUUUGUCACAGAGGAUUUGUAACAAAAAUAAAAAGAUAACCGUACCCUGGUUAAGAAAAAGUAGAUUAUAUUGUCACGAUAAGGUACAUGAAUUGGAAACUAUCUUCUUCCUAUGUAAGUACUAU